AUGUUUGGACCUAAUGUACCAAAGCCGGGAGGUGUGAAAAAAGGUUGGAUGCGACAAUUUGUUGUCGUGUGCGAUUUCAAAUUGUUCCUUUACGACAUAUCACAAGAUAGUCAGGUCCUGGAUAUGCGGGACCCCGAAUUCAGUGUUACUUCUGUUAAGGAAUCUGACGUCAUACACGCCAGCAAACGUGACAUACCUUGUAUAUUUAGGAUAUCAACCUCCCAAUUGGAAGGUGGUAAAAGAUCUCAUACGUUAAUGUUAGCUGAAUCAGAAUCGGAGAAGACGAAAUGGGUGGUCGCUCUGAGCGAACUUCAUAGGAUACUGAAGAGGAACAAUCUACCGGACAAAUGUGUGUACAGCGCGUGCGUGGUGGUAGAAGGUGGGGGUAGCGCGUGUAGCGCUCUCCGUGGCGCGAUGUGCGCGUGCGUGGUUGAGGGGGCGCGUGUGGUGGUGGGGGGAGAUGCAGGACUCGCGCUACUAGACUUGGAGAGGGGGGAGUUAACGCCGCGGAGACAUCACGCGCCGGUCGCGCGUCUGCUCUACGUGUUGUCCGAGCAGCUACUGGUGGUGAUAGCGGGUCGCGGUCGACACGUUCGUUUGGUUCCGAUACGUGCGUUGGAAUGUUCGGAGGUGGAAUGCGUCAAGUUAGCAGAGUCCAAAGGUGCCGUUGACAUCGCCGCUGGAGAAUUACACGCGUCCGCUUAUGGAUUUGCGGUAGUCUGCAAACGACAGGUGACUAUAUGUACAAUACACGGCACGAAAAUAAACAUUGCGCUGAAAAAGAUAACAGAUAUCGACGGAGGUAAAGUGUGCAGUGGGAGAAAUUUGACCAUAGCAACAGGAUCUAGUGUUAUUCCGCGCUUGACGUUAUCUUCCCGCCAUUUGCAAAUGCACUUUUUUCAUUUAUAAGUACGCUCAAGAAAUAAAGUGAUUUAUUAGUGUACUUAAUUCUCCCGUUGUUGUAAGAUUUUUGGGCUUUGGAUAUUUAAAUCAUUCUAAAGUGUAAUAUUUCAUUAAAACGUUAUCCACAAUAAUAUACAUACGUAAUACAUUUGUUACCUACCGACUUAUAGUACUCUUAUUUUUAAAAUAUUUUUUUUACCCCAAUUAUACCGCCGAAAUGUCGCCUUAUUGGGUUUAUUUUCGUAUCGGGCACUGUACAAGUAUUACUACUCGUACGACUUAACAUAACCCUGAAGGCCUAUUCUAUUUCGAAAUACUAAUAUGAUUCUAAAGAAACGCAUUUUUUGAUAAAUUUACGAUGCAAUAGAGGUAGGGAUUGGAACUGAAUCCGAUGCACAGAUAAUCUUCACGAAAUUAAAACUACAGUUUUAAAUUUUCCCAGUUUUCGUUAGUGGAUAUAAAUUAGGGGCCUAUAAUAUAUCAGGUGUCCUUUUAAUUCGAACAUGAUAUAAUAACAAAACAUUAAUUUCAGAACUCGUACGUGGUGAAUGUAUACGAGAUAACUCGCACUGCCGCGCGCCGUUGUCGAAUCGCGGAACUCCGAGCACCGAGUGCAGUACUCAGCGUGCAGUUGUCGCGGGGCAAACUAAUACUCGGUUACAGGUACUUUACCUAUAAUAUUAAAUAUAUGAAACUAAUAUUAAAAGAUGAAACGCGUUUAUUUCUGAUCAUUUUGAUACUAUUUAAUUAUUUAGUAACACCAUCAAGAUUAAAACAGUUAACAUAUUUUUUAAGGAAUUAGUACAAAUGCAAUCUUAAUUGCAGGUGUUACACGAUAGACAUAAAAACAGUCAUACUAAAACAAUUAAGUCGCAGAGCGGAAAAAUCUAAAUUACAGAAGAUAAAUUACGGAAGAGUAAUAUUAUUGAAAUAAGGAGCAAUUCCAAUUCAUGUAAUUAUAAUAAUAAUAAGUCUAUCGAUGUAAAAUUAUUGAAAACAAUCAGAAAACAAAUUAUAUUAAAUAUAUGAAAAAGAAAAUUAAAUUAUGUUACAUGUCGGGGAUAUUAUCAUCAGUCAAUAAAUUAAUUAAAGGAUAAAAAAAUUAAAUAAUUCUUAAAUGUCAACUUCCAAAACAAAAGCCAAAUGCGGAUAGAUCAAACCAUGUUUACUUCAUUUAAUUAUGCAAAUGUC